AUGACUAAGAAGGAGCUUCCCCCGACCUCCGUGGUCACCCGGCAGCAGAAGCGAAAGGCUGAGGAGAUCGCUGAGAAGGCGGCAGCGGGCUCGACGAAGGCGGCGGCGGGCUCGACGAAGGCGGCGGCGGGCUCGACGAAGGCGGCGGCGGGCUUCGACGAAGGCGGCGGCGGGCUCGACGAAGGCGGCAGCGGGCUCGACGAAGGCGGCAGCAGGCUCGACGAAGACGACAGGGACCUCCACUAA